AACACUAUAGCUGAAUAUAUCAUAAUCUGAAAUAAUCAGCUCACUCACCCAGUAUUGCGUUGAAAAGUAAAAAAUGUGGAGUUUUGGUUGGAAGGGGCCAUCGGGAUUCUCAGCCUCUUCCACAGCAGAUCAAGUCACUCAAGGGAUCGAUGGAACUGGUCUCACUGCCAUCAUCACAGGAGCAUCAAGUGGUCUUGGUUUGGAAACCACCCGGAUUCUCGCAUUGCGCGGUGUCCAUGUUGUUAUGGCAGUGAGGAAUGUGAGCACUGGUAUGGAUGUUAAAGAAACAAUGCUUAAGGAGAUUCCCGCCGCGAAAAUUGAUGUUAUGGAGUUAGAUCUUAGUUCUAUGGCGUCGGUGAGGAAAUUUGCCGCAGAUUUUAAUUCAUCUGGUCUUCCUCUCAAUAUUCUUAUUAACAAUGCAGGGGUGAUGGCAACUCCAUUCAUGCUUUCCCAAGACAACAUUGAAUUGCAGUUUGCAACCAAUCAUUUAGGUCAUUUUCUCUUGACAAACCUUCUGUUAGAAACUAUGAAAAAAACUGUACGGGAAUGCAACCGGGAGGGAAGGAUAGUUAUUCUAUCAUCAGAGGCUCACAGAUUUCCAUAUCAAGGAGGGAUUUGUUUUGAUAAGAUCAAUGAUGAAUCAGGAUACAGCAGUUAUUUUGCUUAUGGACAAUCAAAGCUUGCUAAUAUUUUGCAUGCAAAUGAGCUUGCAAGGCGUUUGAAGGAAGAAGGAGUGGAUAUAACAGUCAAUUCCCUUCAUCCGGGGUCAAUUAUUACAAACAUUUUGCGACACCAUGGUUAUGUUAAUGCCGUUGCUAAUAUGGUGGGCAAGUACUUCCUUAAAAAUGUGCAACAGGGAGCUGCAACUCAAUGUUAUGUGGCCUUGCAUCCACAAGUCAAGGGAAUAUCUGGUGAAUACUUCAUGGAUAGCAAUACGGCAAGCCCUACCAAUCUGGCUAAAGAUUCCGAGCUAGCAAAAAAGCUAUGGGAAUUCAGCUUAAGCUUGACUAAUCCAAAGUAGGUUGACUAAUUCAGCUUAAACUGGACUGUAGCUACUAUGAGCUUGGGCAAACCUUCAUACUAGAAAAAACAAUUGUUUGAAAAAGACGUUUGGAUGAAUUAGAAAUUUGUAGUGGUGUAAGGUUGACAUGCUGAAUUCCAAAUCUAAGUUUAUCAAAUUGAAGAUUAAGUUUAGAAACAAAAAGCAAGGGUGUAGUUUAAAAAACUUGUCUAUUCAAAAUUAUGCUUCUAGCAAGUGUGUAGUUGUUGCAGCAACGUCUACCGAAUUUCAUCCUGCAAAAGCUGAUGAAUUCAGAGCUCUACUAUCAAUAACAUGAACUAGGCGGAACAUCACCAGCACUUAGAGAUGAAAGUCUUGUUUAUAUGAACUAUAGUUGAGUUUCUGACCAUAUUUGACAAUAGAUAUUUGUUUGUAUACUUCCCAGCCAGCAGGGUAAAAUACAAAGCAUUGGCAGCGCCAGAGUUGUUAAUGUA